AUGCAUGGAAAUAUCAUCUUCUUGGCUACUCUGGUCUGGUCUGGUCUGGUCUGGUCUGCUCUGUUUGUGUGGUCUAUCCUUGCUGACUUCCGGGCGUUGGCGUUGAUUAUAGCCCGAGUCUCACGUCGAUCAAUACAACCUUCAACCGAGUCUGGAUCUGCGGCCGGCAAGCAGGAUGACAAGAAAUACAAAGGAGGUCACGAGAAGAGAUUGAGAACGGUGUGCGACGGUACAAAGAUCGAGAGUGGAGACUACAAGGACAAGGCCAAGGGCAAGGGCAAAGCAUCUCCAAAGGACAGCCAGGAGGAAGUUGAACGGGAUGAUGAGAUGUGCUCUGACAAGGCUGAGCGUGAGAGGGUCGAUAUCAAUCCACGAGAAGAGACGUUCAGCAAUGCUAGGACCUCUCGGAAGCCAACCUCACUUUCACAUCCACAGAAACAGCAAGAGAAGCAGCAGCAGACAACUCCCCGUCCAGUCUGUGCAUAUCACACAGGCGGAGUCUCUCACAAGACCUUUACAUGCUGCGGCAAACAUGUCUCCCUACCAGGCUGUACCACCGAACUCACCCAUACCUUUCCUCCGCCCGACGACCAAUUCAUCCAGCAGUAUUGGAUGUAUCAUCGCACUCCUGCAGAUCCUGCUGUUGACAUUGCUGGCAUCACUUCGUCUCUUGCAGGGGUUGAGAACAUGCAGAUAAGAGCCCAAACACAGACACAGACGCAGGCGCAGACGGGCAUACCGACCCGAGAAGUCAGCAACAGCAACAGCAACAGCAGCAUCAACAGCAGCAUCAACAGUCAGCAUCACAUACCACGCUACCACUACCAACAAAACACCUCCACAUCGACAACAUCCACCCCCUUUCCAACCCAACGACGGACCUUCGAUCAGACCCUGAUCCCACAGUCUCACCAUGGCGCAACACCCGUCCAAGGCACUGACACCCAUACCCAUACUCAUACCCACACCCAUCAACCCAAUCCAAACCUCUACCCCCAACCCAGCCUCACGCAACGAGUUCCCAAACCAUUCUCCAAACCAAAAGCAAAAGCAACAACAAAAUCAAAAGCAAUAUCCCUGGACUGCGAAAUGGGCAUCUCCACACUCAACGACCCCGAAUUGAUCCGCCUGACCGCCAUCGACUUCUUCACCGCCGAGCCCCUGAUCGACAGCCUCGUCCAGCCCUCCGUGCCCAUGAAACACUACAACACGCGCUACUCGGGCGUGACGGCCGCGGACAUGCGCCACGCCGUGCGAACCCGCCGCUGCAUCUUCGGCCGCGACGCCGCGCGCGACAUGUUGUGGCGCCACGUCGGCCCGGACACGGUGGUCGUCGCGCACGGCGGCCAGAACGAUCUGAGUGCCCUGCGCUGGAUCCAUGGGAAGGUCAUCGACACUUGUGUUUUGCAGGCGUAUUUGGACGGACCAAUGACAAAGACUGAGGGUGGUAGGUCGUUGAAAAAUUUGUGUCGUGUCAUGCUGGGCAUUGAGGUGCAGAAAGGGGAUGGGAAGGAGAGAAAGAAGGAGAAGGGAAAACAGAAACAAAAUCGAGGACAGAAUCAGGGACAGACACAAGGUCAGCUGGAAGGACAGGAACACAGUCAGAAACAGCAACACGCGCACUCAUCGGCAGAUAUGGCAUCAACAUCCGGAACAGCAUCAGGAACUGGGUCAGUCUCAGGGUCGAGGAUACAACCACACCCACAAUCACAACCACAAUCACAACCACAAUCACAACCACAAUCACAACCACAAUCACAACCACAAUUGUACCAACCACAACCACAACGACCACAGCUCGGCCAUGAUAGUUACGAAGAUGCAAUGGCUUGUCGGGAAUUACUUAUUCAAUGGGCGGCGAGGAUUCCGGAUGUCUAG